CGCGUCAUGUUCCUGGCGUUCAAGAACCUCUCGACACGGCAAAGCGCCGGAUACGCCGUGGUGUGCGUGGCGCUGGGGCUCGGCAUCAAGUACAUGGACGACCACAUGCCCCAACGAGACCUGACCAAGGCGCAGGGCGACGGACUGGCCUGGAGCGAUUUGGACAAGCAGCCAGAUGCCACGAAGAGGAGGAGCUAAUCGCCAAUCUCGUGAGCUGCCUUAGAGAGUGGUGGGUCGUUGCUGUGUGGACAUUGCGAUGUUUGUUUGCCGCCUCUUCAACUGCGGCCUCCGAGGGCGGCUUGCUAGGACACGAAAGCCAAAAUACACUUGUACGUGCCUGCAUGU